AUGCUCGAGUCUCGCUCAAAGUUUGCUUGCCUUAACAUUGAUGAUGAUUCCGACGAGGAAUUUACUACUGUGAAUAAGUCGAAGAAAGGUGGACCGCAUGGAGCUGUGCAAAAAGUGAAGAACGGUGGAACCUUAAUUGUUCAUGCUGUGGAGAAACGGCCAAAGACGAAGAAGCCGAGCAAAGCAAAAGUUGUGGACACUGCAACAGGUUUGCUUGUGCAAGGAGUCGAUGAGAAUUAUGCUGCGGAACAGAAAUAUCGUGAGGACCUCAAGCGAGCAAUGCGUGAGAGCGUACAGAUAAACCGCUCGCCUUCGAACGAGCAAAAAACUCCUCCCGCAGAAGAAAACUCGCAAACAGAACAACACGACCCUUCACUUGUGGACAAGAUACUUGAUUCGAUUGAAGAGGAGUCGCGUAAACGUGCUGGCCGAACUGUGAAUGAAGAUUCGAAAGGAGAUCCCGUCGUCAUUGCUCUGUAUCGAAGCAAGCUUACUGAAGCUGUCGAAGAAAUGAUAAAAGCAAAUGAAAAAGCACAGUCGGCACAAGCCGACGUUGAGAAAUAUCGAAUGAAGUACAGGAAAUUGGUUGAGCUUUUUCGUGAUUCCGAAGUAUCUGAGAAGGCGAAGCUAGUAAUGGAUCUGGAGAGAGCUCAUGCAGCAGAAACGGAUCUGGCCAAUCAGCUUUGUGCAGCUCAAAAGGAAUUGGAACAAUACAAAAGUAAAUUAAGGGCGUUAGGUGCAUUGAAGUGA